AUGUAUACUCUUCCUAUCUCACCCUCUGAUCAGCCCGCUUUGGAAAACAUUCUGAAACACAUCGAGAAUAAAUUGCCAUGGAUUGAGCGAUUGGAUAUCGUGACACCACCUGCACCUGCAUCUAAGGAGUUGGAUGUGGAAAAUGACUCCGAAAAAAUCGACCCAGACGACGAUUUCAAGCGAGAAAAUUACUUUUAUCGCAUUGGUCAGGCCGCCGUGCUCAAAGCUAUCCCUCAGAUGCACGCGCUAGGCGUUCCCACAAAACGUCCUGCAGACUAUUUUGCCGAAAUGGUGAAGUCUGACGAACAUAUGGACAAAACAACCGGGUUGCUUUCCGGCUCGACACCACACCUCAUUAGGGCUUUCUUCAAGCCUCAUGGACUAGAUUGCCGGUUAUCUGCGGGUCUUUGUGAGUUGGGAUCUACCUCUUCUACUGCUUGUAGCAUUGGAGCGUGUAAUAACAUUUUUUCUUUUUUGGUUGUCCUGCAUUGA